UUCUUGUGCUAUAUAUAUAUAUAUAGAGCUCCUGCCUCGGUGUAUCAAAGAAAAUUAUCCUACGAGCUACCAGUUUCUAAUCAAUCAUUCGCUCUCUCCCUCUCCUUCUCCGAAUCAUCUGAUAAUUGAAGAUUAAUGGCUCUUUCGCUAGAAAUUCAGAAGGUAUUCACUGAAAUCUCUGAAAGAGUGAAAUCUGUGGAUCUGCAUCCAAUUGAACCAUGGAUCCUAACAAGCCUAUAUUCAGGAACUGUCUGCAUCUUGAACUACCAGUCACAGGCUAUAGUGAAGACAUUCAAGGUCACAGAUUCACCCGUGAGAUCAGCGAAGUUUGUAGCGCGAAAAAACUGGGUUGUUGCUGCAUCUGACGACAAGUUUAUACGCGUAUACAACUACGACACAAUGGAAAAAGUUGCAGAAUUUGAGGCGCACACAGAUUUUAUUAGGUUUGUGGUUGUUCAUCCGACGCUUCCAUACUUGCUUUCAUCGUCGGACGACAAGCUUAUAAAAGUCUGGGAUUGGGAGAAGGGCUGGAUUUGCACUAAAGUGUUUGAAGAACACCAGCAUUAUGUGAUGCAAGUUGCAUUUAACCCUGUUGAGGUCAAUACUUUUGCAAGUGCGUCGCUGGAUGGAACCAUUAAGGUCUGGAAUCUUGAAUCCCCUGCUCCAAUUUUUACGUUGGAAGGGCAUUCGAAAGGGGUUAACUCUGUGGAUUACUUCAUAAAUGGAGAUAAAUUGUAUCUUUUAAGCGGAUCAGAUGAUUAUACAGUGAAGGUUUGGGACUACGAAACCAGAUCUUGCGUCCAGACGCUCGAAGGUCACGAACACAAUGUGACAGCAGUGUGUGUCCAUCCAGAGUUUCCCAUCAUAAUAACAUGCUCUGAAGAUCAGACUAUCCGAUUGUGGAAUGCAAACACUUACGGGCUUGAGAGCAAAUUGAACUAUGGUCUUGAAAGAGUUUGGGCAGUUGGGUGCAUCAGAGGUUCAAACCAGGCUGUAUUCGGGUGCGACAAGGGAACAAUCAUGGUGAAAGUUAAUAGCAGUUCUGGUUUGGAUAUUGGAGACCUUCAAACCAAAGAGGAAGAAUGAAAUUUGUAGUAUGAUAUGAUCAAUUACAGAUGUAUAAUAAUAUAUGAAGGAAUAACUUCAUCUUUGAAGUGAAGAGAGUGCUAUGGAAUAGUGGUAUCUACUAGUACUAGUGUGGUUAAGCUUUACUGUUGUUGUUGUGUAAUAUGGAAUAAUAUAUGACUUCUGCAAAUAUAUAUGUGUAGAAGAAAAUGAAUUUCUUUAAUUAGUUUGCUAUUUUCAAUCUCUAA